GGCGAGCUGCCACAGAAUAUCCCGUCCACCCAAACACACACAAACACCCAGAGUGGACUCAGAGUUCAAGUGAGCUAUUUUCCGUUUGACUCACUUAGGAGGCAAGUGGAAAUAUCUGGAGGAAGUUUUGAGAAUUAUCUGUCUACCUUCCCGUGUACGGGGUGAGGCUGCGCAAGUGUCUCAUCCCUCGGGCAACUUUCAUGAGAGAAGAGAGAAGCGCUUCUGUGAGCACUGUUGACUUUAUGCUGCACGUGGGACGACGAAGUUCAGCGCGCGAGAAGGUUUACAGACAAGAGUGAAAACAGAGCAAGACUUCGCCACACCAUGAAGAAAGAAGACUGUGAUAAUAAGAGUCUGGAUAAAGCCAGGGUUCUGUUCUGCUGGUCCAGCUGUGAAGGCAAUGGGAAGAGGACCUUUGUCCUGUCCCAUCCAGGGGUCCCAUUAGUGGGACUGAUUUUGUUGGCCAUCCUCCCUUUUGGAGCAAGCAUCAACCAGAGUGUGGCCAGGGUCAAGCGCAGCUACAGAGAAUUGCUGCAGGCUGGCAGUUUAUCUCUGUUUUUGGGUCCUGCCGAUGGGCUGCACUCCCACUCGCUGCUGUUGGAUGAGGAGCGGGGUCGUCUUUUGUUGGGAGCCAAGGAUCACAUCUACCUUCUUGAUCCUGACAACAUGGCUAAAGCCCCCAGAAAGAUCCACUGGCCUGCUCCAAGGGAUAGAGUCGAAACAUGCAAACUGGCCGGAAAAAAUGCAAAUCUGGAAUGUGCUAACUUUAUCAGAGUCCUCCACAAUUACAACCGAACACAUGUCUAUGCCUGUGGGACAGGAGCCUUUCACCCCAUCUGUGCUUUCAUUGAAAUCACUGGCCACAGAGAGGAUGGUGUGUUCCAGCUGCUGUCUAACACAGUAGAAUCUGGCAGGUUAAAAUGUCCCUUUGAUCCCUUGCAGCCAUUCACCUCAGUCCUCACAGAUCAGUACUUGUAUGCGGGCACAUCUUCAGACUUCCUGGGAAAAGAUACAACAUUCACACGCUCCCUAGGCCCUCCUCCUGACCAGCACUACAUUCGCACAGACAUCUCUGAAGACUACUGGAUCAAUGAGGCCAGGUUUAUUUCUGCCCAUCCAGUUGCUGACACGUACAAUCCAGAUGAUGAUAAGAUAUACUUUUUCUUCCGCGAGGUGUCGUGGGAGGGUAAUGACAAGAGCAUCCUCUCCCGAGUGGCUCGUGUGUGCAAGAAUGAUGUGGGUGGGCUGAGGAGUCUGACAAAUAAAUGGACAACCUUCCUCAAAGCCAGGCUUGUAUGCUCCAUCCCUGGACCAGACGGUGUGGACACACACUUUAAUGAACUCCAGGACACUUUUCUGCUCCCUACCAGAGAUGACAAAAACCCCAUAGUAUAUGCAGUCUUCACUACUUCCAGUUCCAUUUUCCGUGGGUCUGCAGUCUGUGUGUAUAGCAUGGCAGACAUAAGGGCUGCGUUUAAUGGAGCCUAUGCUCACAAGGAGGGGCCCGACCACAGAUGGGUAGAAUAUGAGGGGAGAAUACCAUAUCCUCGUCCUGGAACGUGUCCCAGCAGGACAUAUGAUCCAAGGAUAAAGACCACCAAAGACUUCCCAGAUGAAGUCAUCAGUUUCAUUCGUUUCCAUCCUCUGAUGUACCGCUCUGUGUACCCGCUCACUGGUCGGCCUGUGUUUACACGUGUCCGAGUAGACUACACCCUGACUCACAUUGUGGUGGACAGAGUUUUGGCAGAUGAUGGACAUUAUGAGGUUAUGUUCCUGGGAACAGAUAUUGGCUCAGUUCUAAAGGUAGUGAGCAUCACCCAAGAGAACUGGUCAACAGAGGAAGUGGUUCUUGAGGAGCUUCAGGUUUUCCAGGUUCCCACUCCCAUCCGCCGUUUGGAGAUUUCUUCUAAACAGCAACAGCUCUAUGUGGGAUCGAGCGAAGGGCUAGCCCAGGUUUCACUCAGCAGAUGUCACCUGUAUGGUCAGGCUUGUGCUGAAUGUUGUCUGGCUCGAGACCCCUACUGCGCAUGGGAUGGACACACAUGCUCACGAUACAUCCCUGCAUCUAAACGGCGAGCCAGAAGACAAGACAUCAAGCAUGGAGAUCCUGCUGUUCAGUGCUGGGAUACACAAGACAGUCUUGCUGGGGGACAAAUGGAGGACAAGGUUCUCUUUGGAGUUCAGAAGAAUUCCACCUUCCUCGAGUGUAUCCCUAAAUCUCAGCAGGCCCAGAUUCGGUGGUACAUACAAAGACCGGGAUCUGAGCGCAAGGAGGAGGUCAGAAUAGAUGACCGUGUUGUCCACACAGACCGAGGACUCCUGAUCCGCUCCCUCCACGCCUCUGAUGCUGGUGUCUAUGUUUGUGUAGCUCAGGAGCACACACACUUUUCCUACACUCUCCUCCGUCUCACGCUACAACUCGUCACACAACUCGACAGAAAGCCCAAGCAUGCUGAUGAUGCGGCAGUGGAGCCGCACCACGGAGCAGACUCUCGUCAGCGUUAUAAAGACUACCUCAGAGUCAUGAGCUCUCCCUUUCACUCCCUGGAAGAGUAUUGUGAUUCUCUGUGGCUGGAUAAGAGGUCAUCAAGAGUGCGAGGACGAGGCUUGGGAAUUGGAAAAUGGAAACACAUUCAUGAAAUAAAAAAAAGCAGGAACAGGAGAAACAACAGGGAGAGGGAGGAAGAAAGAGACAGAAAGGAGCGAGGGAGUAGUAAGAGAGGAGGUCCAACACAUUAAGAUUAGUGUAUAUUGUUCAUAAAAGAUGAAAAUGAUGGGACACAGAACUGUAAAAUUUCACUGUCUGAUAUGCAACUGAAGUUUAACUAACGCCAUCACAGACUUGCAAUGAAAUAACAGUUCAAGCUCUAGCGCACACAUGCUAAGCAACUGGAUGUAGUACUGUAUCUUCUUUACCUGCAAACCAGGUUAUAAGAACAUGGAACACGUUGUUUUAGAGAAAAAAAAAUACAUCUUCAUGUAUUUUUUUCUGAAUAUCUGCUCUUAUUUCUACAAAACUUUUUAAAAAUUAAAAUGCGUCUGUUUUGGAUAUGUCUAAAAAUUAUUCAUUGCCAUGAUUGCCAUCAUUUUACCCAACAUUACAGAUAAAACUCCUACUAAAGAGAAGGUUUGAUAAUAUCAGAAGGUUUGAUAGGGCUGGUGGAAAUAUAAAUAAAAAAAUAAAGCUUGCUCCUGGUAAUGACAUUGCAUUCAUGUUGAAUGAUUGUAAAUAUUAAUAUAACAUGUACAGGGGGUACAGCAUGCUCAUUCUUUUUGUCUUACUAUUGAUCUGUAUACAGUAUCUAUAAUAAUCAUACUGUAUUUUGUUUGGCUGACAGAAUAACAUAUUUUUGUACAACGCCUGCCCUCCUGUCUAUUGUAGUUUGAAUAGAUUUUUUCACUUCUCACUGUUUUUAAAAGUUAUUUAAAUACAUUUGUCUUAAACACCUCUGUUUCCUGAAUUGAUUACUUACUGACGUUGUGCAGAGAAAAAAAAAUAAUUUGUGGUAUAUUCAGUUUCAGGCAGUUUCAAGCAUACAGUGGUCAUGUUGGAUGAGAUAGUUCAGCUGAGCUUCUCCUGAUAUAGUAACACAGGUCCCUGUGCACUGUAUGCAGAUGUCAGAAUGAUUCAGGACCAGCUGCUGUUGUUUAGUGUGUGUGUGUGUGUGUGUGUGUGUGCACGAGAAAGAAAGUAAGACAGCGGAAAUGGGCAACUUUAGGAGAAAUCUUGCAAAACAUUAAAGCAUGUGAUCAAAGCUAAGUAGGUUUUAGGUUUAAUGAAAUUAAAGCUGAGAAAGCAAUAACAUCAGUGUAGCUAACAUGAAAACCCGAUUAUGCAACCCAAUGCAGCCUGACCUAAACUAUGUAUUAUGACUCACAUUUUAAUGUAGAUUGUGUCUUACAGAGUAAAAAUUCAGCAUAUACAUCUGACUAUAAUGUGACAAGGACCCUUUUUAUGAAAAACAUGACCACAAUCACUUGAGACUGCUUAAAUGAGUAUAUGACAGAGCAAAAUAUGUGUCACAUAAAUCAAUAUGUCCCUUGCCUCCAUUACAAUAAUGUUUUACUCUUUUCCUCCAUGAUGGGCGUUUAUUUCACCCAAAUGUUGCAGAAACCCCUCUUUUGUGCUCAACUGCUCUUUGAAUGAGUAUGUUACCAUGAGCAGCAUACAAGUCUUGUGUUUCUCCACAUAGAAAAUUCUUAUUUGUUAUAACAAAGAUGAUAAAUAUUUCAAACGCUUCCACUUUGUCUAUAGUUUAUUUAUCAGUCUACUGUAAAGAACAAAACACAUCUUCUCAAAAAGGAAACAGAGAGGGGACCCCGGGAAAGCAGCAUAACAAGCAGCAAUAGAGCACCUCUUAAAUGCUUAAAAACUAUACUCAUUGCUUAUUUAUACCAUAAUGUAAAGGUAUAUAUUUGUUACAGAAGAGCUACACAUUUAUAUGUCAUAUAAGCGAUAAGAUUAAAUUAGGAAUAUUUGGAAAAACAUCAGUGCUGCCUACUUAACUUUUGUUAAUACAACUCAUUCAUCUGCUGUAAACAGUAGCUCGCUGCGAACAGAGGGCAAUAAAGAAGUCUGGGAGUAUCAUAGCUAUUACUGUUCAGUAAUAUAAAGUUUAAGGGACCUAUUAGCAGCAAUAUAAUAAGGAAGGAGAAAUUAUUUUUAUACUGUUGCUGUUAAUACUGUUGAUGGUGAACAGUAUCAACUCAUAAUUUGUUACAAACUACUCAUCAGAAAGGUUUUUAUUGCAUUGGAGGAACAUGAAAGGGCUUUUGUCAGAUGCUAUCUUCCCCGGGAAGAGUUUCAGUAUGUUAUUUGUGAGACAUUUGCUCAUCAUACUAGUUAACACAAAUAAUUUGACCUUUAGAUUUAGCUGGAGAAGAACCAACGAGUGAAAGUGACUUGCUGCGAUAGGCAAGCAGACAGAAGCAGCAGGGGUUCAACAAGGAAGCUGAAUUCAUGGGAAAAAAAACAUGGUUUUUAGAAGAAAGUGGUUAAUUUGAUUUGAUUGGUGCAAUGAGCAAGCAAGGCCGCUUAAGAACCCCUGUAGAGGAGCUUUGGAGUAAUCUCACUAGAUUCAAACUAGACAAAAGGCACAUGCAAACAACAUAGUUCUUUUCAGCUAUCUCUAUUUGUAGAAAACUUGCUUGUGUCAGUCCAUUGAAUCAAAUGGUUUUGUGCAUGGGAGUAGAGUCUUUAUAGAAGAAACAAUCUAUAAAUGGCUAACCUUUGUAGUUGUGAUUUAAUGUACUGUGUAAUUUUUUUUUCAUCAGAGAGUACGUAAUAUCAUCCUCCUUUUAUGGGAAAUUGUAGUG